UCAAUCGGAUGCUACUAAGAACUACAGAGUCGUCAACAAUGGAUUUACAGUUGCACAUUGCCCAUUACAAUACAGCAAUGGAUAAUAUUUCCCAUGCACUCGACAAGGACAGGGGACUCGCCGUUCUUGGAUUUUUCUUUGUAGUAGGGGAUGUCGACAACUCAUACUUCGACCCUAUACUCAAUGCACUCAACGGUACCGUCUUGAAUGCUACCGGAACUCCCAUAGCUGAGGGAUCAGUGCCAUCGUUCUCCCUGCAGAGUAUUAUUCCCACCAUUAGCAGUUUGGACAAAUAUUUCCGUUACUCGGGUUGUCUGACCUCCCCUGCUUGUUACGAAAGCGUCAUCUGGACAGUCUUCGAGAGUACGAUUCCCAUCUCCAACACACAGAUUGACAAUUUCAGGCAAAUUAUCUCACACAAUGGCGAGAGGAUGAUGAAUAAUUUCAGACCUACUCAGGAUCUGUAUUCUCGCAAUGUCACUACUUCUGACAGUAAUUUCACUCAACUGUCCACAGCUUCACAUACUACACAACUACCAACUUCACAAAGGCCUACCACACAAACGCCUACUACACAAACGCCUACGACACAAACGCCUACGACACAACAGCCGACUAACUCAGCAACUUCCAUAACUUUGUCAUUUUUUGCUUUGUGUGUCAUAGUAUAUCAGUAUAUAUGAUUUCAAAGGUUUUCCUGUGUUGCUAAUUCGUCAUGUGAAAAAUUCACCUUAUCGUUUUGAUGGUCGUUAUCAUCGAGUCCAAAUGACCAACGAUGUACACUUUAAAAUCAUAAAUUACAAUAUGUUAAGAACCAUACACAAUGUUUCUGUUUUACUGCCUAUUAUAGAUUGUUGCCAAAUUCCCCGGCUACUAGUCCGUAUCGUAAAAUCCGAACCAUACUUCCCGGGUGGUAUUUCGUCCAGUGUACUUUCAUAUCGGGCAUUUUGUCCCGUGUACUUUACAUAUCAUUUCAUGGUUAUAUCCA